UAAGGUGCGGCAGCACAACAAAAAAGUGUAAUCGCGGCGCGGCGCUAUCCCCAUUUGGCUCCGCCCGCCGGAUCUUUGGCAAACUUACUAUACACCUUCACACCGCUUCACUGUCCACGGUUCAUUUUUCCCACCUACUAUAUUCCCGUGUAUACCCAUCCUCCACAUAGGACUGUGUCGGUUUUUUUUCCUCCUCUCUGUCAUCACGGGGAUCCUUCACCGAGAGUGUAUAAACGUUUAACUUUAGUCCCCGAGGAUGGCCGCGAUGCUGUCCAAUUGUUCGCGGAUCGCUCCGCGGGCUUUGACACGUUUAUCAGCUUCACGAGUCAAGAUUGUGAGAACGUUUCACCAAGAAGGGCGCAUUAUUCUACUGCAAACAAAAUGCGACACUAUUUCACCACGUUUGAGCAAGUGCGGGGUCCCCCAUUGCUGGAAGUUACAAACACGGCAGAUUCGUUCGACACAGGCCUUAUGGGAGAUAAAGGAGGUGGUGGUUCCUGCAUUUGCGGACAGUAUCAGCGAGGGCGAUGUCAGGUGGGAACGAAAAGCUGGAGACCAAGUGAAAGAGGAUGAUGUUUUGUGUGAGAUCGAAACUGAUAAGACCUCUGUCCCUGUACCAUCACCCGGACCUGGUGUCAUAAAGGAAUUGUUUGUCAAAGAUGGAGAUACGGUGAAGCCCGGCCAAAAGCUUUGCACCAUCGAUAUUGGAGCAAGUGGAGGAGCUGCAGCUGCUGCGCCACCCAAAGCUGCUCCUGCUGCUGCUGCUGCUCCGCCAUCACCCCCACCUUCUCCACCAACGCCACCGCCUACUGCCUCAGCAGCCGCUGCGCCGCCACAACCAGCAGCGCCGGCCCCACCAACUCCACCUGCUUCAAGACCUCCGCCACCCCAAACACCCACUGCCUCAAUGCCGGUCGCUGCCAUCAAACAUGCUCAGUCUCUGGAAGGAGCAAAAGUUCAACUGCCUCCGACCGAUUACACGCGCGAGAUAAUUGGUACGCGAACGGAGCAACGUGUCAAGAUGAAUCGUAUGAGACUACGUAUCGCAGAGCGGCUCAAAGAUGCCCAAAAUACCAACGCUAUGCUCACCACUUUCAACGAGCUCGAUAUGAGUCGUAUCAUGGAAUUCCGUAAGACAAAUCAAGAGGCCUUCAUGAAGAAGUACGGUCUGAAAUUGGGCUUCAUGAGUGCUUUCAUAGCCGCGAGUGCGUACGCAUUGAAGGAUCAACCAGUGGUCAAUGCGGUUAUCGACGGUGGCGACAUAGUGUACAGAGAUUACGUCGACAUAAGUGUCGCCGUGGCGACACCGAAAGGUCUCGUUGUACCAGUUUUACGAAGCGUCGAGAACAAAAAUUACGCUGAAAUUGAGAUAGCCCUCGCAGCCAUUAGCGACAAAGCCAGAAAAGGCAAAAUAUCUGUUGAGGACAUGGACGGUGGAACUUUCACGAUAAGCAACGGUGGAGUUUUCGGUUCUCUUCUUGGUACACCCAUUAUAAAUCCACCCCAGAGCGCUAUUCUCGGUAUGCACGGCACUUUCGAACGACCAAUUGCGGUCAAGGGACAGGUUGUAAUUCGUCCGAUGAUGUACAUCGCUCUGACCUACGACCAUCGAUUGAUCGAUGGACGUGAGGCUGUUAUGUUCCUGCGGAAGAUCAAAGACGCGGUCGAAGAUCCCCGAAUUAUUUUAGCUGGCCUUUAAAAAAAUUAAAAAAAGACACAAGGAUAUCUGAAGAAAAAAUAACAACAAAAAAUAAGUGCCGCGCUAACAUUCUCGUCGAAUCGCUUCGAAGGCGCCUCUCAUCCCUUCCAGGACGAAUGUACAGUAAACUAUAAUUAUAUUACGUUCAUCGAGUUUCGAUUCGUUCCUCAAGCUCUUUUAUUUCAUUUAUUUCCAUUAAAACGUAUUUUUAUUCAAAUUCUUUAAAGAAAAAAAAAAAAAUCUUCUCAAAUGACUUAUUGAUAUUCUCGAUAUUCGAAAAUAACUAUAAUCCGCCCAACUACAAAAAUACUCCACGUUUUCUAUCGUUUUUCGAUAAUUUUUUGUCCCCGAGAAGUAUUGACGCGAGAUGACGAGUCUCGGACUCUAAUAACCUUUGAAAGGUCUUCGGGAGUCCUCGAAUUCGCUAUCCUAUUUUUUUUCACUCCUCAUCUUCGUUGUUGAACGUUGUAAAUAAAUGUGCGGAGAGUGUUACCGUUUGCGUAAGAAAUUGGUGUCUCCGCGAGGGGUUGCGAGGCAAUGAGAAGAUUUUCUGACUGAGGAUAAGCGCGAGUUAUCAAACAGAACGCGAAAUACGAGCGAACGAUUGUUUCGGCAGAGAUGAAAAUUCGAACAGACGAUACUGAAUUUUAAUUGAUCAGGAAGAAAAUCCUGCGAUACUGUGGUGGUUCAACGCCGAAACAAUCGUUCGUCGAGGCUCCGGAUUUUUCAUCGAAAGAUUAUAGAGACGGAAAUGUCGGUAAAGUCGAAUAGCGGAUAAAUAUAUGAAAAAAGUGUUCUCGAAGAUAUCAUGGUCAAGAACACGAUUUUUGUUGGAAUUUUCGGAAGCUGUGGUGGCUCGAGCGAAGAAUCAUUUUAUAUCACACCACUCGUUCGUAUCGUUAAAUUUUCACGAAGCUUUGAUCCUGCCUCAAACUUACUUUAACCAUCGUUUUAAUAUUUAUAUCGCAUUGUCAAACAAAAAUAAACAAACUGCACCGAGAGCCGUUUCAUCGGCCGUUGACUCGAGAGAAGACACGAGAUCAAAUUCGUUGAACGGUAUGUUUGGCGGUAGACAUUCGUAGUUCAUAUUUACAUCGUUUCCCGCAAAUAGUUUAUUUAUUUUUACUCCCCCAACGUAUCUCGAGAGGAAUUAAUUGAGACUCCAAGGAGGUGCGCAAAUUACGUUGUAGAACGAAGCUCAGAUUUGUUAUAGCUGUAACCGAAACAAGAAAGCAAAAAGGAAAUAAAACAAAUCUUUACCUUGGA